CACAAGUCCAUAAAUAGUCAGUUAGGCUUUGGAUGAACUGUGGAUGAUUUCAAAGUUGAGCAGGAAAAGGAGAAGGGGUGCCGCUUUAACUGCAAGCUGAUACCUCAUUCGUAUUCUCUCAAUUUCAACCAGCUACCAGUCUGGACGCUGUGCUGCUUCCUCCAUGUGCCCAAGAUUCCACUCUGGAUAACUGCUCAAGGUCUUCAACACAGGGCAAUGUAGUUGAACUUGUGAGCCUAAAGUGAGCAACAUGUCCCCUUGGAGCCGUGCAGUGCUUGGACUUACUUGGAGCUGCUUGACUUUUCUAUCCUGUGCUCAUUGCGCCUUCAGUGACAACCAUGUGCACUCCAGUUUUAUCUACAGGAAGUUGCGCAAUCACGAGCGACGGGAGAUCCAGAGGGAGAUCCUCUCCAUCCUUGGCUUGCCUCACCGCCCAAGGCCCUUCUCUCCUGGGAAACAGGCGUCCUCCGCUCCGCUUUUCAUGCUCGACCUUUACAACGCCAUGGCUGUGGAGGAAGAGGCGAUGCCGCAAGGUGCAGGGAAGAGCCACAUUGCCAAGGUUCAAGGGCACUCCAGGAAAGGUUACUACAGUCCUCAUCAUGUGGGAUACUCUCGUGUGGCCCAGUCCUACCGAGCGGCUCCUCUAUUGGGUCAAAGCCCAGCUCUGACGCCGGCACAUGACAACAACUUUCUCAAUGAUGCAGACAUGGUGAUGAGUUUUGUCAAUAUAGUGGAGAAAGAUAAAGAUUUCUCUCACCAACGAAGACACUACAAGGAGUUCCGUUUUGAUUUGACUCAAAUCCCGGAUGGAGAGGCGGUCACGGCUGCUGAGUUUCGCAUCUAUAAGGAUCAUAGCCAUGGCCGCUUUGAUAACCUCACUCUGAGGGUUACUAUUCAUCAAGUCACAAAGGAGUUUCCAAACAGAGAUGCAGAGACCUUCUUGCUGGACUCCAAAAGAGUUCAAGCAUCUGAUGGUGGAUGGCUGGUAUUUGACAUAACGGCCACCAGUAACCAUUGGGUGAUGAACCCGCAGCAGAAUCUGGGCCUUCAACUAUGUGUGGAGACUUUAGAUGGACGCAGUAUCAACAUGAAGUCAGCUGGCAUUGUGGGCCGCAAUGGACCUCAGUCCCAACAGCCCUUCCUUGUAGCUUUUUUCAAGGCCAGUGGGGUGUUACUUCGCUCUGUCAGAGCCGCUGGCGGGAAAAAGAAGAAUCACAACCGCAAUAAAUCCACUCACCAACAGGAAACGUCUAGACCAACAAAAACUGGAGAAUAUAACACGAGUGAACAAAAGCAAGCCUGCAAGAAGCAUGAGCUUUAUGUCAGCUUUCGUGAUUUGGGUUGGCAGGACUGGAUAAUAGCACCUGAAGGCUAUGCUGCUUUUUACUGUGACGGUGAAUGCUCAUUUCCACUUAACGCGCACAUGAAUGCAACCAAUCACGCGAUUGUCCAAACGCUGGUCCAUUUAAUGUUUCCUGACAAUGUGCCAAAACCUUGUUGCGCCCCGACCAAACUCAAUGCUAUUUCAGUGCUUUACUUUGACGACAGCUCAAACGUCAUUCUCAAGAAGUAUAGAAAUAUGGUGGUGAGAUCUUGUGGCUGCCAUUAGUACCUGUGGUUACUUUAAUUUAUGCUAUCUGGAAUAGGAAUAUGUUGGAAAACACAUCAACUCUGGGUGCGAUGUGAUGUACAGUGUUAUGUAUAUAGAGUUUUAUUAUCUAAUUUAUUCUCUGUUCAAAAAUAGCACUGAAUAUUGUGAUAUUUAAAUGAUUUAGUCAUUAAAAAAUGUUGGUUUCACUCUUCAAUAAUUCAAUUCUGUUGGCAUAUGCUUCUUUUAUAGGGAACCACAGACUUAAAGACUUGUAGGCUCUAAUAAGCCACAAUUUCUUUCUUUUACUAAAGUAUGUUAUUAGAAACACAUAAAAUACUGCCAUUGAUUUAAAAAUCUAUAAUAUUUUGUACAUGUUUUGACCUACAGCGGGUGCCAUGUUUUACACGCAAUGCAUGCUAGGGGUGAUGACUCGGUUGGGUUGUACUGGGAGAAUAGCUGUGCUCUAUACUAGCAAAGUUAGUAUGACAACUGACAUGAUUUUGUUACAUUCUGCUGCUAGUCACAUUGUUUUGUUCCAGAGCUGUGGGAUGAUUUCUCAAAGUCGUACCUGCAUAGAAUUCCAGCUCAUCAGCAGUGUCUUUAAAUUCAACCUAGGCGGGUUGCUGAGAUAUUGACUUGCUGCCAUUUGACAGUUUGUAUUCUUGAUUCAUUCAUUGGUAGUUUCAACCUAGCCUUAGUUUCUUCGUUUGUCUGCCACUAAAAGCGGUUUCAUCCGGGUUUCUUUUUAUUGAUCCCAACUUAUUGUUACGGACAGUAAGUCCGUUUUUGUCUCCCUUUUCGCGAUCGUGAUUUUUGUGUGUUCAAUAAACACUAGUAUCCAACCUUGCUUUCACAUUUGCGGACCAUAACAGAUUUUUUGGCUUUUAUCUGAGGUCUUGAGUUGAUUACAGCUAAUAGACCCUUAAACAAUACACAUACAAUCGAUGUAGAUAAAAAUAACAUGGUCCUUGUGGUGUUAGUUAACCUUAUUUAACACUGUGGUUUUUAACGCUAGCUACACGCAGCGAACGUGCUUUAAGUACAAAUAAUGUACACACACGUCCUGUUAUAUCGCAAUGUGCAAAAUAAGACGUCAUUAUAAUCUGUUGGGCAGAAAAUGAUAAGAAUAGCCAUCAAUCAAACUAAGUUUAAUACAUUUGUUUAUUGGUUUUCCGUGUCGCUUAUCCGUUUUAGGCACUUAUUUACGCCGUAUUCAUCUUGCAUAUGUAUGUUUGUGACAUAAUUUGUUUAUUUUGCAACUUUGGAUAAUGAGAGUCUAACCGAAUAUAGAAUAGUUCUUAUUCACCGCCUCAAAAGCUUUGGGAGCAACAUCCGAUAAGGGCAAAAUCUGAGAACACCAGCAGGAUGAUCAUUAAUCUGGACAGGGCUGUUACGUGACAAAAAUUUGAUGGUUGGUGGCGGAGGCCGAGCCCAUUAGACAUCUCGGUUGAGGCAGACUGCAUCCAAGUUUUUGUGUUUUGUGAUACAAAGGCUAUGUGAAAAAUUCUAACUGCUGUGUUUCUGUGUAUAUCCUAAUCAUAUGUAAAGCACACGACAGCUUUGGAUGCUAACAAUCUCCUUAAUUAUAUUCGAAUAAGUUUGAUCACACAGUAGUUUAGUUUUGAAGAUCUGCAAACAAAAACUGACUACAGUAGGAGAGUGUUUGCUGACACUGUCAAAAAAUGAACUUGCCACAUAAACACUACCAGUUUUGUCCAACUCUCGUCUCAUCCUGUCUUUCCUGUUAAUUUUGCCUUUGCUGCUUGUUUUGUGAAAUAGUGACAGUCUUGCUCAUUAUUGUUCCUCUCGGGUUCAAACUGAAAGGGCUGAACAGAUGACAUGUUUAUGUCGCAAGAGUCAUACUGUGAAAGCCCGGCAGCGCAACCCGUUGACGUCACCGCCCACACAUUGCGACGUCAUCAACAAUGGCAACCCACUAGUUAAACUAAUUUGAUGACUUUCAUUUUCAACAAAAACAUCAAGAAGGGUCUUAAUAUCACUUUAUUAUAACUCAUUCUAACAUUUAUCUUUUAAGAACUACAAGUCUUUCUAUCUUUGGUUCUCUUUAUAAAAUCUCUGUGUUCUGUUCACUGGAGCCAAAAUGAUACACAUUCUUUUUCAUUCUUUUUUUUUUUUUUUUUUGUCUUUUAGGGAAGUUUCUUUUAGAAACUUAAAUAUCUCUGCAAGACAUAACUCUGUACUCAUUUUCUAUAAAUCUUUCACAAAUUGUGAUCUGUGGAUGUUUAAAAAGUCUGGCAAAAAGAUGGCAAAAGAAUUUAUAUCACAAAUUAAUGUAGCUAUUACUGUAUAUACAAGUGGGGGAAAUAUGAGUUUUUUUUUUUUUUUUUUUUUUUUUUUUUUUUAAUACAAAUUGGAGGAAGCAUUUUCUAUGUACAGUUGUUGUUUUCAUACUUCCGUUCCGAAGUUCUGAGUUCACUUUUCCCAUUCCUGCACCUUUGUCUGUUUUGAGUCCAUGUGCAAUGGUGACUACCAAAGAUGUCAUUCCUCUGUGGCCUUUGCUGCAAGCCUCUUGCCCACCUCGGUUUAAUUUUGGGACAAAUUAUACAUAAAUGUAGGGUUUUGAAUAUUUUUUAAUAAAUGUACCACUUCUAAACACUAAUAUCUGCUUAUUAUUGAUGUGUUCCAUAAUGUCUUGUCCUCACUACACUCUAAAUAAUUGUUUAUUAUAAUCGUAGUAAGCAUCUCUUUACAGAUAGAUGCCGCAGGU